AAGAGAGAAAAAAUCUAUAAAGACCCAAACUUUGGAGUGCAAGACUAAUCAAUUAUCCACAACCACCCACGUAGACCAUAUACAAACCGCAACCAUUCUCUAUAUUCUCUCACUGCCUCCAUUUUCCUUCUCCAAUCUUAGCUCCUUCAAUCAUAGAAUAUGGCUGCUUCAUCGGCAUGUGUAGUGGGCAACGGUUUAGGUGCAGGUAGUACUACUAGAACUGGUCUGAGCAAGGAAAUAUUCGGCCGGCAGUUUAUCCAAUCCACCAGCCUUCCAGCGUUGAGUAAAGCAUCCAAAUUCGUUACUAUAAAAGCAUCCCAGGAUCGAACGAUAAAUGAGGGAAGACGAGGCUUUCUUAAGCUGUUGCUCGGAAAUGCUGCAGUUGCAAUGCCUGCAUUGCUAGGCAAUGGCAAUGCUAUUGCAGAUGACGAAGGUGUUUCGAAUUCGAGGAUGUCUUAUUCAAGGUUUUUGGAGUAUUUAGAUCAGGAUAGAGUGCAGAAGGUUGAUUUAUUUGAAAAUGGCACCAUUGCUAUAGUCGAGGCUAUUUCGCCUGAGUUGGGCAACCGAGUGCAGAGAGUGCGUGUGCAGCUCCCGGGCCUCAGCCAGGAGCUUCUGCAGAAGUUCAGGGAGAAAAAUAUUGACUUUGCUGCACACAAUGCUCAAGAAGAUUCUGGAUCCGUUUUGUUUAACUUGAUCGGUAAUCUGGCGUUCCCUUUGAUUUUAAUAGGUGGUCUUUUCCUUUUAUCAAGACGAAACUCGGGUGGAACGGGUGGACCUGGUGGACCUGGUUUCCCUUUGGGCAUUGGUCAAUCGAAGGCCAAAUUCCAAAUGGAACCAAACACGGGGGUGACUUUUGAUGACGUGGCUGGGGUGGAUGAAGCAAAGCAAGAUUUUGUGGAGGUUGUGGAGUUCUUGAAGAGGCCCGAGAGGUUCACUGCUGUAGGUGCUCGUAUUCCUAAGGGAGUUCUUCUUGUUGGUCCGCCGGGUACGGGGAAGACCUUGCUUGCCAAGGCUAUUGCCGGUGAAGCAGGUGUUCCAUUUUUCUCCAUUUCAGGUUCCGAGUUUGUUGAGAUGUUUGUUGGUGUUGGCGCUUCACGUGUCCGUGAUCUUUUCAAGAAGGCCAAGGAGAACGCACCGUGUAUUGUGUUUGUUGAUGAGAUUGAUGCUGUUGGGCGUCAAAGAGGAGCGGGUAUUGGUGGAGGGAACGAUGAAAGGGAGCAGACGCUAAAUCAGCUCUUGACAGAAAUGGAUGGCUUUGAAGGGAACACCGGCGUGAUAGUCGUUGCAGCAACUAACCGUGCAGAUAUUCUGGACUCUGCCUUGUUGCGGCCAGGAAGGUUCGACAGACAGGUCUCUGUUGAUGUCCCGGAUGUUCGUGGAAGAACCGACAUUCUGAAGGUUCACGCAAGCAACAAAAAGUUUAGCACAGAUGUAUCACUCGAGAUAAUAGCCAUGAGGACACCUGGUUUCAGUGGUGCCGAUCUUGCUAAUCUCUUGAAUGAGGCUGCUAUUUUGGCUGGUCGUCGUGGCAAGACAGCAAUCUCGUCCAAAGAAAUCGAUGAUUCAAUUGAUCGGAUAGUUGCUGGAAUGGAGGGAACAGUGAUGACUGAUGGCAAGAGCAAAAGUCUCGUGGCUUACCAUGAAGUAGGUCAUGCCAUUUGUGGAACUCUGACUCCGGGGCAUGAUGCUGUUCAGAAAGUCACGUUAGUCCCUCGUGGUCAAGCACGUGGCCUGACCUGGUUCAUCCCAGCAGAUGAUCCGACCCUGAUAUCCAAGCAGCAGCUCUUUGCCAGAAUCGUUGGUGGGCUUGGUGGCCGAGCUGCCGAGGAGGUCAUAUUCGGUGAGCCCGAGGUGACGACUGGCGCAGCCGGUGAUCUGCAGCAGAUCACUGGUUUGGCUAAGCAGAUGGUGGUUACGUUUGGCAUGUCCGAGAUCGGGCCGUGGUCUCUGAUGGACUCGUCCGCUCAGAGUGGGGACGUGUUCAUGAGGAUGAUGGCGAGGAACUCCAUGUCCGAGAAGCUCGCAGAGGACAUUGACGUCGCGAUCAAGACGCUCUCGGAUACCGCGUACGAGAUCGCGUUGGGCCACAUCCGGAACAACCGGGAAGCCAUAGAUAAGAUCGUCGAGGUCCUGAUCGAGAAGGAGACGAUCUCGGGUGACGAAUUCAGAGCAAUUCUUUCGGAAUUUGUGGAAAUCCCUGCUGAGAACAGAGUGGCUCCUGCACCUGCUGCAUUAGCAGCAUGAUUUCAUGUUAGGCUAAACUUGACCAUAUAGUUUUAAUGUUGUUUUCACGUUGUCUAAUUUCUUGUUUGCAUUAUAGUAGAAUACAAGUAAAUAUUACACCUA